CAUGCUACUGCACUCCAGCCUGGGUGACAGAGUGGGAACCUGUCUCUAAAAAACAAAACAAAACACAAGACAUUUGCAGGGAAUUACUCUUUAUCCUCCAGCACUAAAAACUGCUUUCAGUGCUGAGGUCGCAAGUGAGGAAGCAGGUGCUCAGAGACAGUGCUAUUUCCUGGGCUGGGGCUGUGCCACCCAGAAAUCGUUCUUGGGUGUCACAGUGGGUGAGGCAGACAGCGUAGGCCCAAUUUCAGCCUCCAGCUCUAGGGAACAGAGACCACUGCCACCUAUACUUCUCUACUCACUUGCCUUGUUCCCUGAAGUUUCUCUGGCAGAUGGGUGAUUGGGUGGGGAGAGGAGGAUGCCACUUGCCCGGGGGCUUCUUGUCAGGAACUGAAGAAACACCAGGAGGAAGAACAACAAUCGGAGAAAAAACUCCAGCCACCUAAGAAGUUAAAUGUGCUGCAACCACCAGUGGCGAAAUUGUGGACAUCACAGGAGCAACCACAGCCAUCACAGCAGCAGCCAUCAGUGCAACCACCAUCGCAGCCACCAGCACAGCCAUCAACAUUGCCACAGGCACAGGCGCAGGCACAGGCAUGGCCAGGGCCACAGCCACCACAACCACAGCCACCACCUCCGCCAACACAACCAAGUGUUGAAGCCCGUCGUACUCAGCACACCUCCAAAAGGAAUCUCCAGGAUUCCCAAAGUCCAGGUCACCAGCCUACCUCAGCGGGGAUCUACUAAGCUGGAGGGCAGUCUCUGUAUGAACAACAGAUUCCAGGGUCUCAUGAACCCAUGCCAAUCUAGCCCCAUCAAAAACACUGGGUAUUCACAACUCAAGUCUACCAAUUACAUACAGCAGUGGUGAUCCAGAGAUUGAACCCAAGACCCCAUGGCCAUCCCCAAAAUGCAGAUGAGCAACCACAUCUUCUCAGCAUCCAGCAAUAUCUCCACUCCAAAAGCCACCCACUCUAGAAGAGGAGGCUGCCAGGAAUAAAAUGUAAUUUUUUUCCUGGGA